AUGCUGUUUUCACUCAACGCCAUUCCCGUCGGCGUUGGACUCUCGUCCGUGCGCGUCUUUCCUGGUGAAAGAAAGCGCGCGUUCAAAGCAACCACGCGUUCUUCUUCGUCUAAAUCUCGUUUCCGUGCCGUCAACGACCCCUCGGGGAACACGUCGACGCUUCAUUCUUUCUCGAACAAAAAUGGCGCGAGAAGCACGGUCAACGCUUUAAAUGCGACGAAAGCGAGAGGAAGAGGGAGUUCUACGCAUGGUGUUUCUGUUUCAGGUAACGGGGUAAAGUGCUGUUCGUCGAAAUCGUCCUCCCCGACGUCCGAUGAUGGUGACGACGAGGAAAAGGAGGAAAAGGAGGAAAAAGCGGAUAAAAUGGAAAAAGGCAGCGCUGGGAACGCAAACGACGCGAAACCAAAUGUGCCUUUACCAUCUCCGCAGAGAAUGAAUAACGGCAACAAGAACCCGCAACCACCGAGAUCGGUGAUGUUAGUCAACCGGGCGACGAAGAUUGUUGGCACGUACGCGUUGGUUUCGUUUCUGGCGUACGCGUACGAGGCGGCGUUUGGGAGUUUCGCGGGGAAUCCGAGCGCGACCAACGCGAUGAAAGAGAGGAGAGCGAGAGUGUUGCAAGUUUCGUAUUCGAAGUUUUUGAGGGACGCGAGGAAGAAUGAGAUUGGGACGGUUACCGUCGCCGGGGACCGGUUGACGUGGAAACCGAGGAAACCGACCGUGAUUGAAACCGGCGGCGGUUCUAGCGAAGGAAAACAACAACGACGAGGAGGAGGGGAAAAGACGACGACGCUGAGCAAAAACGACGGGUCGAAAUCGUUCGAGAUUCACUACGCGACCAGAAAGCCCGCAGAUGCGCAAACUCCGUAUGCGCAGUUGGAAAAGAACGACGUCGAGCUCUUCUCCGUGGACGCCGACGGCGAUAAGAAUGCGUUUGAUUUCCCGUUUUUAGUCUUCGCGUCGAUCGUUUUGUUCUUUUGGUUGAGGAACUUUCGCGAGAACUCGAUGAUGAUGGGAUCUGGGGGCGGUAUGCCCGGUGGGAGAGGAGGGAUGCCGGGUGGCGGCAUGCCCGGUGGGAUUCCAGGCGCCGGAAGGCAAGUCGGCGGCAGGUCGUUCAACGGCCGAGGUCGCAACGAUCCGAAUUUCACGCCGCCGCCGUCGACGACGUUCGAGGACGUCGCCGGCGUCGACGAAGCAAAAGAAGAGCUCUCUGAAAUCGUAGACAUUUUGAAAAAUCCGGAGCGGUACUCUAAGCUUGGAGCCAGACCGCCGUGUGGCGUACUUUUGUGCGGCUCGCCGGGAACGGGGAAAACUCUGUUAGCGCGAGCGGUGGCCGGCGAAGCCGGUGUGCCUUUCAUUUCAGUCGCCGCGAGCGAAUUCGUGGAGUUGUACGUGGGUAUGGGCGCGUCUCGAGUGCGCGACGUGUUCGCUCGAGCUCGCGCGCAAGCGCCGGCGAUCGUAUUCAUCGACGAAAUCGACGCCGUCGCGAAGGGUCGCUCGGAUGGGAAAAUGAGAGGUAUGGGCAACGACGAACGCGAACAGACGUUGAAUCAACUGCUGACGGAAUUAGACGGAUUCGAUGCCGAUGCGAGCCGAUUGGUGAUAUGCAUAGGCGCGACGAAUCGACCGGAUACGUUAGACGCGGCGUUACGACGCCCCGGUCGGUUCGAUCGAAUCGUCCAAGUGGACAAACCAGACGUCCAAGGAAGACGCGAAAUUUUGGACGUCCACGUCCAAACGAGAGGAUUGCCGUUGGAGAACAACGCGCAAGAUGGAAAGAAACAUUUGUUAGACGAAAUCGCGACGAUGACGAGCGGCUUUACCGGUGCUGAUUUGGAAAAUCUAGUGAACGAAGCCGCGUUACUCGCCGGGCGCGAAAACAAAACUACCGUCGGUAAAGAGGAGUUUGAAAAAGCAGUCUUAAGAACAGUCGCCGGCGUGGAAAAGAAACGCUCGCUGUUAGGACCGAGAGAGAAAUUCAACGUCUCCGCGCACGAAGUUGGACACGCGAUCGUUUCGCAAGCCGUCGGAACGUUGCUUCCCGGAUCGACCAAACCGGAGCAGAUUUCCAUCGUCGCCAGGUCUGGAGGUGCGUUAGGUUUCACGUACACGCCGCCAAACACGGACGAACCGGAGCGGAAAUUAAUGUUCGCGGAUGAACUUCGCGGACAAAUAGCCACGUUUAUGGGUGGCCGCGCGGCUGAAAUGAUUGCGUGUAAACGCGUGAGUACAGGAGCCUCGGACGAUAUUCAACGCGCGACGACAUUAGCGUAUAAAGGUUUCGCCGAGUGGGGUUUGUCCGCCUCUGUCGGUCCGAUAUCUAUACCGACUUUAUCUUCCGGCGGCAAUCCGGAAGAUUGGUCGUUUAGCGAUCGCGCGAAAGAGUCCGGUCACGACGUCGAAGGCGAAGUGACUGGAUUACUAAACGCAGCGCUCGUUGUGGCGUGCGAAACAUUACAACUAAACGAAGCGUUGUUGCUCGAAGCUUCGGAAGCUUUAGCGAAAGAGGAAAGAGUCCAAGGCGACGCUUUGAGAGCGUAUUUAGAUCGCGCGAAAGCGCCCGCCAGUCUCGCGAAAUUUUUAGAAGGGAAGUACGAUAUCCCGACGCGCGAGGAUUUCAGACGGUUAAACGCGAUGCCUUUACCGGAAUUUGAAGUCGCGAGAGCUUUAAGCGAUAACGGCGGCAACAACACCAGUAGCAAUAGUAGUAACGACACGAACAAAGUCGCCCCGAGAUGA